AGUUCCGUCGUGAAAAAUAAAUUUAUUCAAUCCGCCACGAUGGAUUAGACGUUGACCGCAAGAGGAGGUCUGUCCAGCUUCGGUUUCGUUCAGAACUCCACCUCCACUGUCGGAGUUUAUCGUUUUUUGUAAGUGGCGAGAAAGCGUCGACAAGACAGACCCUUUCUAGAAGCCACAAACACAAAGAAAGCACGACAAGCAGGAGGUCAGACGUAGAGUGGGGAUAUUCGACUCGACAAAAAUGUUUGUCGCUUCAGGAACCCCCUCCCCAGUAGAAAUAGAAAAUGAACAGGGAUGUAUUUUUGCGAGCACAGCUGCAACUCCGAAAUUCAGAUGGCCAAGUGCGGAGAGGACUACAACAGCUGCUCUCUAACUUCUUUCUUCGCUCAGGAAGCACUGGAGCUCCCGGAAGACGUCCCGUACUUCUCCUCCGAAGAACGCCUUCGUCACGCUUGUCUUUCGCGAGACUCGUAUCGACGGGUACGCAACGUUCAGAAUUCGGUCAGUAUGGUGCACCUGCGGCAGUACAAGACCACGGCAGUUAUCGACGUGGCCGACCGAAAGAACGACUUCCGGGGAAGUUUGAAGCGAUUCUGCGGGAACAGUUUGGCAUUGAAAACCCGACACCGAUUCAGGCGCUUGCAUGGGAACAAAUACCAGCACGUGACGAACACGAAAGCGAGGCGGCGGUUGACUCUCUGUCAAGCCCAGAACCAAACCUCCUGCCGGAUUUGCUGCUUAAAGCUGCAACGGGUUCCGGAAAAACACUGGCGUACCUUCUGCCCUUGAUCGAAAAGGUUCUGCGUCGGUCUUCCGGUAGUGGAAGUGAUGUGAAGACGAGAAAUCAGAACAUUUUUGCCGUGGAGGCGUUGAUUGUUUGCCCCACUCGAGAUCUGGUGUUUCAAGUGCAGAAGACCCUGGAAAGGCUGCUUCUGUAUCAUCCCGAGGUUCGAUUUUCAUUUUUGACCGCGAGUGGACAUCGAAGCAAAAAAAGUGGUGAUUUUUAUUCGUGUCUCGAGAUUCCAGCUUUGGACGCUGGGUGCAGGCCUGGAAAUGGCUCUCAUGGCGCUCCUGCGACCGCCUCGGCAUCGUCAAUUUCUGUCAAUGGAGGUGGAGGAAGCAGCUCCCGUAGCGGUGAUCUCACCCGGCUGCGCCUCGACUGUCCUCAGAUUCUGGUCGCCACGCCAGGAAAGCUUGCAUGGCACUUGAUGAACACGGCCGGGUUUCCGAGUUUUUUCCAAUCACUCCACACACUGGUCCUGGAUGAAGCAGACGCGCUGUUAGAUCUCAGCGGCUAUUUUCACCAAAUCAGCUUCGUGGUUGAGGCCCUUCGAUCGUCAAAAUACGACCCUGCGACGAGGAACGAAGAGGAUGCUGCCUUCGUAGCUGACAAAGUUGAAAUGGCAAGAACCCUUAAGGAGGAAGCCUGCAGCUACAAUCACUGCGCACAACCACAGCCUCAGAGGAGCGACAGUUCCAGUAGUAGCGCUUUUCAGACGAUACUUUGCUCCGCUACCUUUGCUUUUGAUCGCGAAAAACUGGCGGAAAGGACCUUGCUACGCCCUGGGUAUCGCACACUGGAUCCGAGCGAUGCGGAUGGUCAAGGUCGUGAGGAGCGUGUUGUUGAGAAUGAUCCCGCGUCAGAAAUAAAGUUGAAAUCUCCGGACGACGAAGCAGUGUGUGAUUCCGAGCAAGUAGACCGGCAGCUUGCUGCCACGACCCGAGACGAGCUGUAUCAUGUGUACGAGCCGACGAACCUAUGUCUGGAUCUGGUUCGGAUUUUGGAACAGGGGUCUGCAAUAAAGUCAUCUCACCGAAGUAGGACAACUGUGCAACGUUCAUCUCCACCCAAGCGCGCCUUGGUCAUCUUUCCUACGCGGCGAUUCCUGCAGUUUUUUUACGUUUUGCUAAAGCACUUUUACCAGCUUGAUGCGGAUUUGUUUGCGUUGCACUCCGCUCUAGCAGAAGAUAAGCGGCGCGCUGUCGUCAACCGCUUCACGACCACACAGGUAUCAUCUUCAGGUGAACAAAACUUCCGCCGACGUCGAGAAAUCCUUUUCGCUUCGGACGUUGCAGGGCGUGGGCUAGAUUUUUGCGGUGUGGAUCUGAUUGUGCAAAUGGGUCUGAGCUUCCUGGGCCCCGAACAAUAUGUGCACCGCAUCGGGCGGACUGGACGGCAUGGCAACUUUGGGCAGAGCGUUUUACUUGUGAAUAGGUUCGAAGAAAAAACCGCGCACUUCAGGGAGCUCACUACAAAAAACGCUUGCACAAAUGUGGGUGUAGCGGAGGUGGAGCAGGAGGCGGUGCUCGAGGGUCGUGUUUCUGAGUCCACAAAAAGAAAUAUCGAGAAUGCGGCUGGCAACAUGUCCACUUCUGGUUCCGGAGGAGAAAUAAACUGCAAGAUUAACAUGGGAACCACACAAACUAAAAGUACUACAGACGAUCCACCGUGGUGGGAGUACGAGCACUUUUACGCCAGCGCCGAUCUGAUGUACAAGUCAUUAUUGGCCUUUUUUGACCGGCAAAAGCACGAGUUGAAGCUUUCCCCGAACGAUGUGCACGAUCUUGCGUUUGACAUUCUGAAAAGCGCAACCCGGCUUCGCGGGAAGCGAAAGCAGUUACCACCCUUCUCUCCAGUGGACAAGGCGCAUCAGCUACCUGCGGACUUCUUUCCGCCCAAGGUGUCACGGGGACUGGCACAACGGCUCAGCCUAGCGAAGUGUCCGGACGUGCGUAUCAACACAAACGCACAACGGAUUGAACUUCUGGCAGCGUUGCCCAGCUAUCCAGGCUUCCAGAGUCGCUCUCUGCAAGACCGAGUUGUAGAAAAACGGCAGAUAGUACAACAUCAAGAUGAUUUUUUAGGUGCUCCCGAAGCGGAAGAUUGUGCUAGUUCUCUGUUGUCGCGAGCUGCCAGUGCAUGAAGUGCGCGAAAUCAAGAAGAAAUCUUUGUUCCCCAAAACAGGC